GCGGAAAGGGGGGGUGAAAAUGGCGGCGCUGAGGCGGCCGCUCUGCGCUUUGAGGGCUCCGCUCUCCGCUCUGCUGUGCCUGGCUCUGACCGCCGCCGCCUGGGCCAGACCGAGCCCCGUGAAGGUGCUGUCGGACGGAAUGUGGCGGGAGCUGCUCCAGGACGAGUGGAUGGUGGAGUUCUACGCGCCCUGGUGUCCCGCCUGCGAGAGCCUGCAGCCCGAGUGGGAGAAGUUCGCCGAGUGGGGAGAGGACCUGGGGGUGAACGUGGCCAAAGUGGAUGUSACGGAGCAGCCGGGGUUAAGUGGACGAUUUAUCAUCACAGCUCUUCCUACCAUCUAUCACUGCAAAGAUGGGGAGUUCAGGAGAUACCAGGGAGCAAGGACUAAAGCUGCCUUCAUUAAUUUCAUCAGCGACGAGGAAUGGAAAUCCAUUGAACCAGUGUCGUCCUGGUUUGGUCCUUCCUCUUUCCUGAUGAGCAGCAUGUCAGCCUUGUUCAAGUUGUCCAUGUGGAUCAGGCAUGGCCAUGGCUACUUAACAGAAAGUCUUGGAAUACCAGUCUGGGGCUCCUAUGCUGUUUUUGGUUUGGCAAUUCUGUUCUUAGGAAUGAUCCUGGGACUUAUGAUGGUGUUCCUGGCAGACUGCAUCUGUCCCUCCAAAAGGCACAGACCACCACAGUAYCACUCUCAGUCAAGAAAACAAGGCCCAGAGUCAGCUCAGCUGCUGAAAAACAGRUAUGAAGAGCAGGAAGCAGAUGAGGGAGAUAUCUCAGAUGAUGACACAGAGGGUAAGGAGGGCAACAAGAGAGACUCAUCACCAAGUGCUGUCCGGCAGCGCCCCGUGACCACUGCUGCUCCCCUGGAUAAAUCUUAGCUGCAUUUGCAWGCAGGAUUAGUGUUUGAGUCAUCCACUCAAAGGGAGAUCUGUGUCAAAUCCUUCAGCUUGAAGAGAAGAAUGACUCCUGGCGUGAUAACGUUGCUGCAUUUCAUGAAUUCAGAGGAAAUUUUUUUAAAAAAGCAUCUUUGGCAUCAGGUUUUGAAAAGGAAAAAUUGCUGUUGCAAAUGGCUGUAACUUCUCCUGUCUGUGUGCAGAGAAGUGCCAAGAAUUGCUGUGGCUUCUGGAAGGACUUGUUCCCCAGGGAUUUUGUUGAAGAAAAUGUAAACSAGAAUACUUGUUGCGUUAGGGAUUGUUAGCAAGGAAAAUGCACUGACCUGGUUGGUGGUGAAGCAUUCCAAAAGGGUUCCCUGUUUUUAUACUGUUUCCUUAGUAUAAAUCUCUAGUUGUGCCCUGAAGAAAUGCUGAGGGGAAAAGUUCCUUUAGUUAUGGGACUAAAGUUCCUUUAGUUUAGGCUUUCUAUGUGACAAAAACUGCUUUUUGCUAUGACAAUGAGUGCUACAAACCCCCCAAUCCUUUUUCUUACAAAGAGCUGAUGGAAMUUAGCACAAACACUCCAUAGUGGGAUUCUCUGGCUGACCAGGAACCUGCUGUUUGCAUCUUCCAGAAAAGGCUGUAGAAAACCCUGWGAGCUUCUUGGCAAAGUAGUUUUUCUCUAGGAACAAAUGACAAGUAGCACCUUGAAGUCUUGUCUGUCUCUAUGAUUCCAYGUGGGAAUAGUUUACACGCAGGGUCCUCUGUGCAAAUCCUCUCCAUUCCUCCUCCUGGGUGCCAGCAGGACUCUGCUUGUUUUUAAUCCAUCAUUUCUUAGUCAAAUCUUACUGCAAAUCCAUGCAGGCUGUACCUGUCCUGAAGUUGAAACAAUUUGACAGAAACUUUCCUUUUUUCCUGUUUUCACAAAACCAUUUUGGAACAUUAAACYUUAUUUUUUUCUUUAAAAAAUGUAGUUUACUCUUGUCUGUAUGGUAUUGGUUUUCACUCUGUAUAGAAAUAAAAAGAAUGCACAUGUCCAUUGGACCAAUGUUGUAAAGAGUUUUCCAUAUUCUCUUAAUUAAAUUCCAAAGUUUUUGCAAGGGAAGAAUGAGCCUAAUACUGAGCACAUUUAGAUUUUUUUGACAAACCUGUUCCUGAUUUUUUUUUUGUUCAGCUGUGGGU